AUGGCACCGGGUGGUGACGGCGAGGACUCUGAGAAGUUGGAGGAACUUUUUCAAGAUCAGAAUUCUGAUGAAGAUCCGGAAAAAGACUUCGAUUGGUGCCUUUGGUUCAAGAAACAGUGGGGCGUGGCCGCCUGCCUGGCAUCCGGCCUUUUUAAAGGUGUCGUGCCUGCGGCAUUUCGAUAUGUAGAAGACAGAGGAUACACGGAGUACCAGCUGAACUUCUUCAACGAUCUGCUACUGGCUUCAGCCGGUCUGUGCGUCGCCGGUUGCACAGAGACGAGCCUCAUCCCAACCACCUACAAGCAAGCCCGGAGUUUGAUGUUCCAAGGAGUGGGUCGUUUCUUCGCCAUCCUUUGCCAGUUCUCUGCCUAUCGGUACCUUCCUCCUGCCAACGCCGAAAUCGUGAUGGGCCCCAGCGGAAUAGUCUUUACUGCGAUUCUAUCCCUCAUUUUUCUUCAAGAGAUCCCGACGCAUGCUACAAUAUUUGGGAGCUUAUGGUGCAUAGCAGGUGUUGUACUAAUUGGUUAUAGCGGCAUGAUCAACGAGGUCCCCUCUACGACUAUCGACUCGCACAAUGUUGGUCUAGGAAUGGCGCUGGCCAUCGUCACAGCACUCUUAUUCGCUAUGCUGAGCGUUGACGUUAAAGGCCUCCUGGCAUCCGGCACGUCGACAACGAUGGUUUUAUCAUACGCUUACAGUAUACCUACAAUAUUGGCAGGGGUAACGGCGAUUUUUACGAGUAAAACGUGGCUCCUUGAGCCAACAAGUGCCGCAGUCUUGUGUGCAGGCCUUUUAGGUAAGUUCGGAGGAACCGUGCUCCUAUACGCUGGCAUGAAGCUGGUUGAGGUCAAUGCUGCAACUGCCCUGCAGCAAGUCAAUGCGUUUUCGGGCUUCUGGCUGCAGUGGGCGAUCAUCGGUUUUGCUCCGACUAUUUUUGAUGGUUUUGGUCUGACGUGUAUAUUCAUAGGAACGGUUUCUAUUGUUAUAUGGGAGGCGAUAGUCCGUCGGAAGAAAGACGAAUAUACCAAAUUCUUGAAUCAGCUGGACUUCAAUGUCACACCACCGAACAAUGACUCUUGAACUGCAGUGUGCUAUUAUGCUCCAACAAAAAAAAAAUCACACAACUAUCAUUGAAAACAGAAAUUGGGAGUUUUCAUUUUCCACUGCUUCCAAGUCAAACCCCACAUUAGUAAAGUUGAUUCAGAACCAUACUAGAGACCAGCAACGUACACGAUGUAGUGUAACACUUAUAGUACAUCAUAUUUAUGAAUGUAUACUAUUAGACAUGUGUAU